AUGGAAGUGAUCGCCAAACAGAUCGCGUUCUUGUCGAAGGAGACCGCGGGGCAGCCGCACAAGGUCCUCGCCGGAGGAGGUCGGGUUGGUACUUCUUCUUCGUCUGCAUCCUCCGCGGGCCGGCAGCAGCGGAACGCUGAGGGUGCGGAAUACAAGCCAUUAGGCACAAGUCCCGGCAACGCCGACAUCGGCGGCAGAUCAGGUUAUUACAACGACGGACCUGGCGUAGUAUGCGGGAAUUCGUCCUCGCCGUUCGGGGCUCCGUUGGUGGCUAGGCUCGACCUCUACCGCAGGAUUCGUCAGGGUCUGGCCACAGCCGAAGAGCUCCUGCCGGCGGGCAUGUUGCUGGCGGCGCCGUUAGGCAUGGCGUCGUCCCCGCCAACGCCGCUACCGGCGACGGUGACGUCCCUGACCAGCGACGGUCUCGCUUGCCCCACAGGUGAAGUCACUUUUCUCGGUGCUUCACUACAGGCAAGGCGCUGCUGUCGUGGGAUCACCCUCGACAGUGAUGGUAGCUUCCGCGACGCCAGUCCCCCUGCUCCGGGUGUCCUUCAUGGAUUUAUCAAACACGUGAAGCCCUUUUCUGUCUGCAACGCGUCGGCUGCCCAAGCGAACGGGCCACCGAAGGAGAACGAUGACGGCAUAUCUACAAACGCGAAGAGUAUGAGCAAGUUUGCCGAGGACGAGGGCCGUAGUGACGGCAUCUCUGACGGCGGCGGCGGCGGCGGCGGUGACGACGACGACGACGACGGUAGCGGGACUGCGGCCAACUUCUGCGACUACGGGGAUGAUAUGCAUUGCUCUCCGUAUGAGGCUACGAUUGGUCACGUAACGCCCACCUCAUCAGCGGGACGCAGCCCUACCAUCACGAUGGCAGCGGCAGUAGCGGCAGCAGGAGCAGGGGGGGGACUCACGCACACCAGGGCGGAAAAAGGCGGCGACAGCGGCGACGGCAGCAGCAGCAGCGAACAAGGAGUAGAGCAGGAAAGGCAACACGGAGCUCCGCGAAAGCCGGCCUUGCCCCCUUCUGGAGGCGCCGAGGCUCUUCGCCGGGCUAAGGCGCGCCUCCAGGGAAAACGAAAGCUGUCAUACCGGGCUAAGGCGUGCCUCCAGGGAAAACGAAAGCUGUCAUACCCCGGCUACUCUUCUCCGAUCACCGAGAACCUCAUCACGAGACCCGGUUGCUACGAACAGGAGGUGGGCCAAGACGACGACAUUGUCGAAGGAGGUCACCGAGAUGGGGGAGCUAUGUCGGCGGCAGGGGGACGAGGAGGAGGAGGAGGAGGAGGAGGAGGAGGAGGAGGGUCAUCUGCACUGCACAGUUCACUUCGCGGCACUGAUGCAUCAAUGCGAAGUGCAGCUGUAACGUCGGCGGCGGCGGCGGCCGCGGCGGCGAGGCUCAGGACGUCGAGCGGUGUUGCUGGGACGCGAGGGGUUGGAAGUUCUUCUCGACGUAAAAGCAACGGCAACAAUGGCAACACCAACAACAGCAGUAGCAAUAGCAAUAGCAACAACGGAGAAAGAGAAGGAGCGACUGGCAAAAAGAGGCGGGGCACGGUGGUCGGGGGAGUUCAUGGUGGAAGAAAUGGCGGUGGAGGUGGAGCUGAAACUGGUUGGUCGGCUCUUUCCUGGGGCUCAGCGAAGCAGCUACGAAAGCAAAUGGAGGCCGCCGGCAAGCCUGUCCCCGAGGGGAAAGGAGGGAGACGCAGCAAAGGUCGGGGAGGAGGAGGAGGAGCGGCCUCCACCAAGAAAAAUAUCACCCUAUCCGACCCGGUGGCUGCAUCAGGAGGGGGAGGGGCGGUCUCCUCCAUUGGCCCCCUCGGCCUCGUACCGUGUUCGAACGCCCUCCGCCUGGAGUUUCCUCCCGCUGCGGGGCUCGAGUGCUACCUAGUGUCACUCGCCGCUCCCGCCAGGGACCUGGCCGCAAUGAAGCAUGCCCUUCCUCGCUUCCAUGCGUCUUACGCGGGUGUAGAAUAUUUUGUCGCGAAUGCUCGUGCGCUGCGUUGCCCGUCGCAGAGCGCCUUCGAGGAAAAUCCACAGCUCUCCCCAGAUGUUUCGGGUCGAAUGUCCCCCUCCCCGGAGGCAUCACCACCUCUCUCCGCCUUGGGGGGGACGCACCCGUCGGAUGGGUUCGACUUCGAUCUCGGCCCGGACUUCCAAAAUGAAACCGCCGUCGCCACCGCGUUCGUGCCGGCAGUCGACCACAUCGACGAGGUUGGCGUGAACGUCGAGGCCGACGUUCCCGAGGGGAGUACACAUCCGGUGGGGGGAAGAGUCAAUCGCGUAUUUGGUACCAUCUGUUAUCGGAUACGGCGCAAGAGGCCCCGCCACCGCUGCCACCGCCACCGGUGCGCCCGAGCAACGCGGCAGCGACUGCAAAAGGCCUCAAUCCAGUACAACGACAAUGUUGAGGUGUCGUUCGUGAACAAUAUGCGGCAGAAAAAAGCCGAAGCUCCUACACAAAGAGUCUCCGCGCCAAUGCUCACGCCAAACUCUAUUUGCGCAGGCGGGACUUGCAUGAUUGACCUCAGGAACAUUUGGCAGCGCACGGAGGCAGUCUCGCGGGCCAUCUCGCAGGCGAGGAGGGGGCACACAAGUCCCUGCAAUUUGUCCGCCCUAGCGGACCCGAAUAGGCUCGAGGCGCCGUGA